AUGCCAGGCACAGCAAGGCAUGACCAUGAGAUGGCAAUCCAGGCCAAGAGAAGUCUAACUAAAACCACGGACCCAGUAGAAAGACUUCGGCUGCGGUGUUUAGCAAGGGGAUCUGCAGGCAUUAAAGGACUUGGCAGAGUAUUUCGGAUUAUGGAUGAUGACAACAGCAGGACCCUUGAUUUCAAAGAGUUUGUGAAAGGAUUAAAUGAUUAUGCUAUGAUGAUAGACAAGGAAGAAGCACAAGAGAUUUUCCGGAUAUUUGAUAAAGAUGGCAGUGGAACAAUUGACUUUGAUGAGUUUCUUGUUACACUAAGACCUCCCAUGUCGAAUGCCAGAAAAGAAAUAAUCAUGCAGGCAUUUAGGAAGUUAGAUAAAACUGGAGAUGGUAUCAUAACAAUUGAAGACUUGCGGGGGGUUUACAAUGCAAAACAUCAUCCUAAAUAUCAGAAUGGAGACUGGACAGAAGAUCAAGUAUUCCGGUCCUUUCUAGAUAAUUUUGAUUCACCCUAUGACAAGGAUGGGAAGGUCACAACAGAAGAAUUCAUGAACUACUAUGCAGGAGUCAGCGCUUCAAUAGACACUGAUGUCUAUUUUAUCGUCAUGAUGAAAAACGCUUGGAAACUCUAA